AGGUUUCAACUUUCUCUCCCAUUUCCUCCGACUCUGUCUCUACCCACUUCCUCCUCUCAUCCCACUACUCUCUCUCUCACUAACUGAGUCAUCUUCACCAUGGGCGAGAAGAAGAACGAAGGAGAUAACAAGAAGAAAGGUGGAGACAAUGAUAACAACAAGAAGAACGAAACGGCGUCCGUCACAGUCGUUUUGAAGGUUGACAUGCAUUGUGAAGGUUGCGCUUCCAGAAUCGUCAAAUGUGUUCGUUCUUUCCAAGGUGUUGAGACUGUGAAAUCGGAGUCUGCAACAGGGAAGCUAACGGUGACCGGAGCUUUAGAUCCGGCGAAACUGAGGGAGAAACUCGAAGAGAAGACAAAGAAAAAAGUCGAUUUGGUUUCGCCUCAACCCAAAAAGGAGAAGGAGAAGGAGAAAGAGAACAACUCUAAGGACAAAAACAAAAACGAUGAUGACAAAAACAAACCGGAGGAGAAGAAGAAACCAGACAACAAGGAGAAGAAGCCCAAAGAGACUCCGGUAACAACGGCGGUACUGAAGCUGAACUUCCAUUGUCAAGGUUGUAUUGGGAAAAUCCAAAAGACUGUCACUAAAACCAAAGGUGUUGAUGGUUUAACAAUGGACAAAGAGAAGAACUUGGUGACGGUUAAAGGGACAAUGGAUGUGAAGAAGCUGGUCGAGAGUUUGAGUGAGAAGCUGAAACGUAAGGUGGAGAUUGUCCCACCGGCGGCGAAGAAAGAGAAAGAAAAUGGUAACGAGACCGGGGAGAAGAAGAAAGGAGGCGGCGGAGACGGUGGAAAAGAGAAUUCCGGUAACAAAGGAGGCGGAGAGGGAGUGAAUAUGAUGGAGUACAUGGCGGCUCAGCCAGCUUACGGGUACGGGUAUUAUCCGGGUGGGCCGUAUGGAUACCCGGUUCAAUCCCACGCGCCGCAGAUCUUUAGCGAUGAGAAUCCUAACGCGUGUGUUGUUAUGUGAUAGCUGACGGGCGGCGGCUGAGACGUGGUUUGGUGGUAGAGAUGUAAAUAUGGUUAUAACCUUUGGGGUAUUUUCGUAUGUUACUACGGGUUUCAGUUUUGGAAUUUAUCUAGCUGUGCAUUUUUAAUUACUUUUAAGUUAAAACAUGCAAAUAUAUCCUACAAAGAGAUUUAAUAAUUUUCUUUUGUCUAAUGUUAUUUUAAUUUAAUUGAGAAUAAAUAUGAAAAAGCUUUUAGUUAUA